AUGAAUCAACGGAACGGUAUCUUGUUACUGUACCGGCGCGCUGUCAAGUCAUCCAAUUUCCCCGCAAUCUCAGCAUUUCCAAGACGAUCCAAGUGGAGCUACAAAAGUUCAGAACCACUCAACCUUUCAGAAACAGUCAUUGAUCUUGAUGCUCCUAACAGUCCGGCUGUACGCGACUACGAUGAAUCAAAAGAUAAUGUGCCGACUCGUACAAAAUUACAAAUCAUACGGUCAACAGAUAGAGCUAUGGCUAGACGAGCACGACUAGUUAGAAAGCAAUUGGAAGAAGGAGUAGAGGGAUUUCCUCGCAAGAGAAACCAAAAGAGUCAACGAAUAAGAGAUGAUAUGUUGGAGCAUGAGUUAGCACAUUAUCCAAAUGUUUCGUCGCCGCCUGUCACGCCGUUAGAUCUGAUGACUUAUGCGCUACUUGGGAACCCUUUUACUACUAGAAAACCGAAUGAUAUCGUCAAAAAGUCGAAUUCACAUAUGGAGAAGUUGUUUAUUGCUCAUGGUAUUAAUUUCUUAGAUACGGCGAAUAUAACAAUUAGGGCUUUGACGGAGGACUUUGAUAUUGAGACGGAUGGGAAAGGUGGAGAGAUUCCUGUGGAGUACCAAGAAGAGGAAUAUAAGAAAAAAAGAGCAAGACGUGGGCGAACAGAUGACGAGAUACAGUCCAAGGAAGAGAAGAAGGAACGUAAAAAAGCAAGUGCAGAAAUAUGGCGAAUAUAUCAUGAGACACAGUCCGAGAAACAGCUCGAGGAACAGGACAAAGAACGAAACGGAGAACAGAAUGAGAAGCAGGAAGGUUCUAGUCUAGACAAGAGAUCAGAUAUACCCUUGGAUCUAUGA